UUACCCUCUUCCCAAUGCACAGAUGCAGUCUCUUAAUGUCCAUGAUCUCAAUAAUACCCGUAAGGCCCAAUUGGAUUUGGUAUUCUUUAAUCGUGUACCCAAAGUGGGUAGUCAAACUUUUAUGGAACUUUUGAGACGUCUGUCGGAACGUAAUAAUUUUCAAUUUCAUCGUGAUGCAGUGCAAAAAGUUGAAACUAUACGUUUGGCCGAAGAUCAACAGCAAGAAUUGGCCGAAGUUAUAAGUGAUUUACCCGAACCGUCGGUGUUCAUUAAACAUGUGUGCUAUACGAAUUUCACCAAAUUCAAAUUGCCCACUCCCAUCUAUAUAAAUGUGGUGCGUGAUCCAGUGGAAAGAGUUAUAAGUUGGUUCUAUUACGUUAGAGCUCCUUGGUAUUUUGUCGAACGUAAAGCUGCAUUUCCCGAUCUACCACUACCUCAUCCGGCCUGGUUGAAAAAGGAUUUUGAAUCGUGUGUCUUGUCGGGCGAUCAAGAGUGCACUUAUACCCAGGGCGUUACCGUGGAGGGCAUAGGUGAUCAUCGCCGUCAGAGUUUGUUCUUUUGUGGUCAUGCCUAUGAGUGCACACCCUUUAAUACUGUGGGCGCUUUAGAAAGGGCCAAGCAUGCGGUCGAAAGUCAAUAUGCAGUAGUAGGUGUUUUAGAGGAUCUUAAUACUACUCUAUCGGUAUUUGAGAAAUAUAUACCCAGAUUUUUCCAAGGUGUUCGGGAGAUUUAUGAUAGUAAGUCCAGACUAUUAUAGUUGAAAAAUAGAACU